AAAGAAAUUUUUGAAUACUUCCCGCUCUUCCGGUCAUAUGUUUUCGAUUUUUGUUUGGCAUCGGAUCAACAAAAACAAAAAAAAAAGAACAAAAAUUAGGGAAAUAUAAACAAAAGGGUCUUUUUGUUGUUGGGAAAAUAAACUCAAUUUUUUAGUUCUGUUUAGUAUUUUUAAAAAUUAGAAAUCAAAGAAGUGAACAAUGUAUUCUUUGGUGCAUAAAACGGAAAAUGCUCACGAGGAAAGUAUUUGGACCUGUGCUUGGGGUUGUCCUAAGAAAAAAAAGGAUCUUCAAACCGAUAAUGAAGACUCCAGAGACUCGAUGCGUUCUACGGACGAAGAGAAUAAUGAGUACGUGAUAACCGGCUCUUUGGAUGAUGCUGUGAAAGUUUGGGAAUAUAAAAACGGUGGUUUAAAAUUGAAACAUAAAUUAACGGGACAUUCACUUGGAGUUGUGUCUGUAGCUGUAAGUUCUGAUGGUUCAAAAUGCGCCUCCAGUUCAUUGGAUUCGAGUCUUCGAUUAUGGGAUUUGGAAUCAGGUGAAAAAUUAACAACAAUAGAAGUUGGUCCAGUGGAUAUUUGGACAUUGGUUUAUUCGCCGGAUGAUAAAUUCAUCGUUUCCGGUAGUCAUGCGGGAAAAAUCAAUAUGUAUGGAGCCGAGAGUGGAAAACAGGAACAAACUUUAGACACAAGAGGUGGAAAAUUUACACUCAGUGUUGCUUAUAGCCCGGAUGGAAAAUACAUUGCGAGCGGCGCAAUUGAUGGGAUUAUCAAUAUUUUUGACGUAGCGCAUGGAAAAGUUUUGCGAACUUUAGAAGGUCACGCUAUGCCCAUUAGAUCUCUUUGUUUUUCUCCUGAUUCGCAGCUACUUUUAACUGCGUCUGAUGACAGUCACAUGAAACUUUAUGACGUAAAAGAUGCUAAUGUUGCCGGAACAAUGUCAGGUCACGCAUCAUGGGUUCUCGGCGUAUCUUUUGCUCCCGAUGGUCAAAAAUUUACAUCAAGUAGUUCGGAUCUCACUGUGAAAAUUUGGGAAUUAUCUCAAAGACAAUGUUUACACACUUUUCACGAACAUGCUGAUCAGGUCUGGUCUGUGAAGUAUCAUCCACACAAAAAUAAUUUACUUGCAUCCGUAUCCGAAGAUAAAUCAAUUAAUCUCUAUGAGCAUCCAUUGUAAUAUGUACCAUAAGUUUUAUUUUAUUUUUUUGUACAAACAAAAAAUGGAAACAAAAAAAAAUAAUAAAUUACCUUUUUUUCUACAAAAAAAAAAAAAAAUUGUUUUAUUUUUUGAGGGUAAUAAAAAUAAUAAUAAUAAAUGUUGGGGAUAAUGAUUUUUAUAAAGAGCUGUAAAUUUAUUACUUCUUUUUUGUUUUUUUUAUUAUAUAAUCAAUAAUAUACAAAGAAAUAAAGUAUUUGACAAACUUAAGGAGUUAUUAUCAUCAGAUAAAAUUGUUUUAUUUAUACGCUAAAAAAGUUAUCUAUAAGUACGCUAUAUGAAGAAAAACUGGUUACAGAAGAAUAAAAAGGAAAAACAAUACUCGCACAGUACGGACCAAAUUCGCUUAUAUAUAAAACUCAACAUUAAGGGGAUGCAAUAGGAAAAAGGAAAGGAAAAUAGAUCCUCGUGAAUCCGAGUUGGAAGGAUUAAAAUUAAUUAAUCCGAACUGGAAAAAGGAUCAAGAAAUACUAUAAUAUGGGAAAUAUAAGUCUUUUUUUUUUGUUUUUCGCGCAAGACUUUUUUCAUUUUUCCAAAAACCACAUCGAGCAAUCUCCUUCUAAAAUAUAUGAUAUAGGAAAUUGAAAAGCUUUCUAGAAGCGGACCUUAUACACAGAAGGAAACAUGACACGAGAGGGCAAAUUAAUAUUUUUAAAAAUAAUAGCUAUUAAUAAAUUAACAAUAAUAAUUAAAAUAAAUAUAAUAAUAAUAAUAAUAAUUCUAAUGAUAGUAUAAUAAAAAUAGUUAUAAUUAUUUACAUUUUAACAACAUCGCAGACACUAAAUAAUAUCUUUUUUUAAAUUACAAAAAAAAAAUGAAAUGAUAAAUAAUAAAUAGUAAUUUUCGGCGUAUUGGAAAUAAUUAAUUGAUUAUUUAGAAAAAGUGAUCAGUAAAAAUUAAUUUUCGGGUAAUGGUAACAAUUCUAUUUUUUUCUUUUUUUUAAAAAAAGGUGAAAUUGAAAAUGAUCAACAGUAAUUUUCGAUCGAAAUAAUAAAAAAAUAUCUAUUCAAAGUUUUUUAAUCGUAAAAAUCGAUUAAAAAGAAAAGGAAAUUUUUAUUCUUGCGCAAUUUGGUCGAUACAGGGGGGGAUUGUUUAUUAAUAAUAAAAAUUUACACGAUAAAUAUUAUUUCUUUUUUUUUUCUUCUAAAAGUCUAUUAAUGACUUUUAUAUGGUUCAUCAUGCUCUCAAAAUAUAUAUUAGACUAUUUCCUGCAAUACGCGUUUUUUUAUUAUAUAAACUGGACUAGAAACUUAGGUCGCGUUCGCAAGUCCUUAAGCUGGGGUAUACUUUUUUCUGUUUUUCUCUUCUUUUUUUUCGAUUGAAAUACAGGUGUUUUUUUUUUUUUUUUUUUUUUUUUUU